CUCACAAAUGCGCCAGCAAGAAAACACUUGGUGUGAACAUGGUGUUCACGUAGAUAACUUUUAUUUAUGAUUCUUUCGUUAAAGUAUAUUACUAAUUAAUAUUGUUUUUAUUUGUACAAUCAGUUAAUUCCGCUUGUUUCCAUUCAGUUUUAUUGAAACAUUAGAAAAUGGUGUCCACUCUUUACUCUUUUCAGUCUCAGUUAGCGUCCAUCAUGGAUACACUGGUACGAACAGCUGUGUUGGAGAUAAACAAGAAGGAGGAACAUGAAGUGGACUUAGGGACUGGUGAAAUCAAAAGUCAGGACAACGGUGAAGAUGGCACCUGUGUCGCCCACUGUGGAGAAGCUGUGAGCCAGUCACCCAUUAAGGAUGUUCUUAAUAUGGUUCCUUAUGUUGACAAAGGAAUUCAAGAAAGCGAAACUGCAAGGGUCCUAGCUACAGCAGAAUCACCAGAAUUGAAUAGAAACAUCUCACCUGGAAAAAUGCCAUCUAAGGAAUGUACGUCCGAAACUGGAAAUAAUUUUAGUCACCCAUUGAGUUUAACCGUGUCAAAGUUUGUAAGAACUUGCAGCAACAAUACUUUUUUAGGGGACAAGCAUUUUGUUUGCACCUACUGUUCCAAGAGGUUCAGGUGUUUUAGUCAACUUGAGAUACAUCAGCGGAGUCACACGGGUGAGAAACCAUAUAGGUGCACUAUCUGUGGAAAGAGGUAUAUUCAAAAAGGACACCUGUACACCCAUCAGCGCACCCAUACCGGAGAGAAGCCAUAUCGCUGUAUGCUCUGUGGAAAAGGCUUCAUUCAAAAAUGUACUCUAGACAUGCAUCUGCUAAGUCACACUGGAGAAAAACCAUUCACCUGUACAAAAUGUGGCAAAGGCUUCACCAAAAAAUGCAAUCUUAAUAAACACCUAGCUUGUCAGUCUUGCAACAGCAUCAACUAAUGAAUGACAAUAGACAGACAUUGCAUUUGAUUUGUGCUCUUCAUUUGUGUUUUAUUAUUUGUCUCACACACAGUUUGAUAUAUUUCUUGUGGUAAUGUAUUAUGUUGUGUACAUCAGACUCCGUAUUAAAUUCAAAACAUGC